CACGCCGAUUGGAGGUCCAAAAGUCGUUACUCACACGCUUCCGGCUGCGGCGCCAGAGGACCCAUGGCGACCUUGAAGCUCUCAGUUUGCAUCUUGAGUCGCAUAGCACACAUACCUUCACGAUGGCCAUGGACGGACUCCGCAAGAGCGCGUCGUCGCGCAACCUGAGCCAGCUCGCGCAGCAGCUGCGAGGACUUGAGCCCACGACGCCAGCCAAGCCUCAAGUGCAGCGACCGCCGCGCCACACCAAUGUGCCUACGUACCUGCAAUGCACCAAACCGCUCGGCCCGCUUCCGGUGAAGCCAUUGACCCUUGGUGACUGCAGCCGAGAGAUCGCGCAUUUGACACACUCGCUCCGCGUCCGCGCAUGAGAGCGCUAUGCUCGCUUGUACCCUAGAUUAAAUAACACGCCCUAUUUUAUUUUAUACUUUCCA